AUGAGCUGGGCAAAACAACUCAAGAGUAUAUUUGCCCGACAAUGGAAGAAGACCGGCUCGCCAACAUCUGCUUCUGUGACUAGACAGGCCCUUAAUGCGGCUCCCACUUUAGACUGUCUUCCGGACGAGAUUUUGCUGCGUGUGUUUGAAUAUCUUGAUUUCCACACCCUCUAUGGACUCGUUCAGAUCUCGCGUCGGUUUAGACAGCUUGCAUUCUAUGCACUUGAGCACUAUGCAUUGCCGCACAUCCAGCUGGUAACUCUUAUUGAUCAGGAAGGCCAUGGCCAAUGGAGAGCGGUCCACAGAUUCAGCGGUCUCGAUCAACACACAUCCAGAGCUACCUUUACGACGUCUUCGAUGACCCCUGCACGGCGAUACAAGAGCAGCUCCACUAUCGCAGCCCCUGUGGUUCGGACUUUGUCUCUCUUAGACUUGAGUCCAAAGGCAAAUGACUCUCUCACCUACUGUGUCGACAGAAAGCAGCGUCGAAUGAGUAUCCGGACGUGUGGAGUUCAUGAGAUGACUGUUAAAUCGUGGUUAGGGUUCAAACAAAAGACAUUCGUGGCCUCGCCCUGGAAACUCUUUUAUUCCGUUGCCACUUCCCCUACCUUUCGGCUCUCGCUUAUCCUUCAGCAAGCCAAGACCCAACCACAAAAGAAGCCUUCUACAAAUAAUAGCAAUAAUAAUGAGCGGUAUAUUACUCCCAUGGGCAUGACCAUCCAGCUGGCCACUCUCACACGCGCUGUUCAGCUGAAGUCUAGUACAAGCCAAAAUCUUGAUGGGCUUCAUAAUAUGCCAUAA